AUGGGUGAUUUGACGGAAUCUUCCUACCCUCAGGCGCCGCCGCCGCCGCCGCGUCAGACCCCCUUCCGCGAGGACUGCUGGACGGAGGAGGCGACAUCAACGCUCGUCGACGCCUGGGGCCGGCGCUACCUGGACCUCAACCGCGGGAACCUCCGGCAGAAGGACUGGCAGGAGGUGGCCGACACCGUCAACGCCCUCCACGGCCACACGAAGAAGACCCGCCGGACCGACGUCCAGUGCAAAAACCGGAUCGACACCCUGAAGAAGAAGUAUAAGGUCGAGAAGGCCAGGAUCUCUAAUUCCAAAGGGAAAGCAACGUCGUCCUGGCCGUUUUACCCUCGCCUGGAGCUCCUGAUCGGAUCCAGUCCAAACAAGGGUAAGGUGAGCCCUCCGCCUCAGUCCACGCUGCCGCUGUCCCUGCCCUCGCCGCCCUUCGCCGUACCGCUGGCCUACCGGAAGCCGCCUUCGCCGGCGAUGGCGACGCCUGCUAUUCUGCCGCAGAAGCGCCAGAUACCGAUGCCUUCGGCGGUGGACGGGCCGUCGUACUUUAGAAAGAAUUACUCCGCGAUGGCAGCUGCAGCAGCUGCUGCAGAGGACGAAGGGGAGGACGAUGACGGAGGGUUUGAGGGAGAUGAGGCAGAGGAGAGCGAGGAUAGGGCUGAUGAGGAGGAGGAGGAGGAGAUUGGGGAUGAUGGGUUGAGGAGGCUGGCCAAGGCUAUAGUGUCGUUCGGGGAGAUUUAUGAGAAGGUUGAGAGUAUGAAACAGAGACAGAUGGUGGAGUUGGAAAAGCAGAGGAUGCAGUUCACUAAGGAUUUGGAGGUUCAGAGGAUGCAGCUGUUUAUGGAUACUCAGGUCCAGCUAGAGAAGCUCAAGAGGGCCAAAAGGAAUGGAUCAUCUGAUGAUAUUUAUAGCUAG